GAUGAAUGUAAUACUGUGGCCUAAGCCAGUACAGCCCCAGUUCCUAUCCCCAUUUCAGUUGCUUUGGUUUCCAGCCUUUUACACCAAGGCCAAAGAUGGGUCGCUACCUCAACCCAAGCCUGUGUGUGAGUCCCCUGGGAGGGCGGACGAUAAGACUGUACUGCAAGCUCAGGUACAUUAUCACCAUCCUUAGAACCCUUCCCCACCUGGCUAAGACUCCCCUCUCCCAGGAUAUCAGUGCCAACUCCCUGCUGUCCUCCCCUCUCCAUAUUAGUGCUAUUAGAAGAGGCGCUCCUAAGACUUCUAGGUUAAAACAUCGAUAUCUGGGCAUCGCCCCUGGCCACCUUUUCAGGAAUGGCUCAAGAGGAAUACAGCAUACCCAGGCUCUCCGAUACUGUUCAACCUCUGGGAGGGGUGCUGUCAAAGCUGAGGCACCUAUCGGAGUGUACGAGGAAAGCCAAACAGCAUUCCAGCUGAGUAUGUUGGGAGUCCGUCUGGGAGAAUCUUUUAUCCGCCUCUCCAGUCAUAUCAAUUGUUAUUUCAAGGGAAAGAAUGUCUCUGUUUCUCCUGGUGCUGUGAAUGCUUGCCUUGCCUCCCCAACUCUAGAGCGUGUGAGCAGGGCUCAGAGACGUGUUCAAAGUAACCGGGUAGCCAGAGAGAGAAGCCUAAUGGAGGACAGGGACUCAACACAGAUUACAAUGUGUGAAGAGAGCCAGAGACCCUCAGAAAGUUCGACAGAGAUGGGCACAAAGGGCCAGAUAUAUUCUGGGCUGCAGUUGUUUCACCCAAGCUCCCUGGCCACCAGGUUUGGGGAAAGCUACACUUAUGUAGCUCAUCACAUUAACUCAAUGUUCUCAAAGGGUCCUGCUCUGGAUGUCCAGAUGCAGGAGACGCAGAAUAAUCUGGCUUCACACAGGGGAUCAACCCGGAGACAGAGGAUGAGAAUAUCAAUGAGAAGUCACAAUGAGAAUAUGAAGGGAACCGAACAUGCACAGUUGGAGACCAGUGCAGCACCAGUCCUGACCUCCACUGUCGACAGUGAUGAUGUCCCCAGUAACUGGGACGAGGGCUACCUUCACUUUUCCAAACAUAUCAACAGGUACUUUGGAGCUAAAGUCUCAGACGAAACUGAACCUAAGCCUCAACAGAGAGAACAUACUGGCGUCAAUCGUGUGCCAAGCAGGCUGACUUACCAACAGCAAUUUUCUACACAUGCUGACCCCGGGAACAGAACUGUCCCGUUAGAACCGAAGCAGAAGGAACACGUACUCCGUCCUCAAUCUCCAGGCUUGUUCCAUGCCAGCAGCAUAUCAACCAGCUUCGGAGAGAGCUAUGCACAAAUGGCCAAUCAUGUGAACCAGUAUUUUAAAGGUCAAGGUGCCUUGAAGGAGGAACAAGAAGAAGGAUACAGACAACAGGACGAAGAAAUGGAGACCAAAUCUGCUGCCUCUCAAAAACAAAAGGCUGUGUCCUUCAUGGACUGCUUCCGCCAACCAAGUAGUGCCAUCCCUUACAUGCUAGGGGGCUACCUCAAUAAAACUGCCCAAACUACUACUGCACACUCAGAAGCGUCAAUAAAUAGAAGGGUGGUGAUGAGCAGGAACCAGGCAGAGGAGCAAACACGAGCCCUGGUGGGGAGUCUGGGACACUCAUUAUCUCCAGAUGCCCUCACCACCUGCAUCAAGGAGCUCAACAGACACCUCAUCAAACACCCUGCUUGCAAACUGGUGGUGUGGCAGGAGAAAACUGCUGUUAAGCUGUUAAGACAAAGACGGUGCCACAGAGACAACCAGGACCUUCAGAGUGUUAUAAGAGAAAGCCUGGCUCUGAUUGGCUAUACAGAUCCGGUCAAAGGUCGUGGAAUAAGAGUGCUGUCAAUUGAUGGUGGUGGCACAAGAGGGGUGGUGCCCUUGCAGGUGCUGAAGCAGCUGGAGGCAGAGACAGGCAAGCAGGUGCACCAGCUGUUUGACUACAUCUGUGGAGUGAGCACAGGGGCAGUUCUGGCCUUCAUGUUGGGCCUGGCUCGUUUUUCUCUGGAGGAGUGUGAAGAAAUGUACCGUCGCUUCGGGUCAGAUGUAUUCCGUCAGAACCCCCUGGUGGGUACCAUGAAGAUGGGUUGGAGUCACUCCUAUUACAGCACCGAGACCUGGGAGAUGAUACUCCGUGAGAAGAUGGGGGAGAAAGUCCUGAUCAAAACAGCCAGGGAUGAGUUAAGCCCAAAGGUGUCAGCUGUCAGUGCAGUCGUGAAUUGGGGCACCAGUCCCAAGCCGUUCAUCUUCCGGAACUACAAUCAUUCCCCGGGACGUCUCAGUCGCUACGCAGGGGGUUCUGGCUACCAGAUGUGGCAGGCAGUUCGGGCAUCCUCAGCUGCCCCGGGGUACUUCCAGGAGUUCCCCCUACACAGUGACAUCCACCAGGAUGGGGGGAUCAUCCUUAACAACCCAUGUGCCCUGGCUGUCCAUGAGAGCCGUCUGCUGUGGCCCAACCAGCCCUUCCAGUGUGUGUUGUCACUGGGCACCGGUCGCUUUGACAACGCCAAAAGGGGCCCCACCACAUCCACCAGCCUCCGAGCCAAGAUCAGCACCCUGAUCUACAGCGCCACAGACACCGAGGGGGUCCACACCCUGCUGGAUGACCUGCUGGCCCCAGACAUCUACUUCCGCUUCAACCCCAUGCUGAGUGCUGAGGUCUCCCUGGAUGAGAGCCGACCGGGGGCCCUGGACCAGCUGCAGGCAGACACUCAGCUGUACCUGGGGAGGAACAAACCCAAGCUGGCCAGACUGUGCUUGGUGCUGGGGGCUGAGCGCACAGCCGUGGCCCAAACCAAGGACUGGCUCAGUGAGCGGGCCUGGGAGAUGAAGCAGAGCUGGGUGUGAGUUAACAAAUACUGGACACGUAUGUAUUUAUAAAGUUACUAGUGCCUGUUUGAAACAUGUAUGGAACCACACAGACCUUUACCCUUUGCAUGUGUUAUUCACACAUUUGACAGAAUAUCAGAGGGGUUGCAGUUCCAACUGGGUCAUAUUGUCAUAAUGUAAUAUUGUGGUAAAAGUGACUGUAUGCCCUCCUUUUUGCAAUGCAAGGCUAAUAGUUUACUGUAAAUAUAAGGGCUUGACCUGGCACUUGUGGCCAUUGUCCACAAUGGUGGAUUUCAUGCACUCAUUAAAUGUAUUAUGUAUUUGUGACUGUAGAAAUGUCUAAAUAAACUGUAUCUAUUUUCACACUG